AUGUUCCUUUCCACUGCAAUUAUUAAGUUAUUUGAAUCACGACAGGUAUUGCAAGGCGUUGCUCGAAAGAUGCUUGAUGGAGGAGUUCGUUAUCCACGCGACCAAACGAAUCGACGACCAAUAAUAUGCCAGAACAAAUGCAGUUGCUCCUAUGAUCACGAUCUUGCUUCUUUGAUGUCAUGAUUAGGUAGCUGCACAAGCAGUUGCUCUGCCGUUUAAAAAUAUGUAUGUCGUGGUCUCUUUGGGUUUGGAUGUUGACGAAGAGGAAAAGAAACAAGCACAAGAAGAAGUCACAGGAACACAGUAUUGUUUUGUCCAUAUCCCCUUGCCGACUCUGAUCAAGAAAAACACGUCCUCUUCCUGGUUUGGGAGCAAAAAGACCGCGGAUCCAAGCGUCGGGGAGCUGCAGUAUGCAUUGCAAAACCAAAAGUAUCGUACUCGAAUAAAUGCAUUACAAAUUUCCUCAGCAUGAGAAAUAAGAUUUGUAAUGCGGAUUUAGCUUAAGUAGAACAUCAAGAUUUGUAAUGCAUGUUUGCAAUUACUACGAGUGCGAUACUUUUGCACAGGAUAUGCAUCAGCAAGCGACAACCGAGCUGAACGCGUUGAAAAAGGAACUCCAGGACGAUAUUGGCACUUAUCUGCAGUUCGGGGCGGCAAAAAUCAUCGAAAUCUUGAUGGAGCGAAACGUGGAGAAAAUGAAGCUGAUCAACGAAGCGUGGCUGAAAAAUCAGCAACAGCAGGUGGUAGCGUAAAGCUACGCGACGUGAUCAUUCGCAACUUUCUCUUUCGUGUCCUGUAUCACGCGAGGACCUCGCGUGGCCCUCUUCUUGUGAUGAAAACAAGUGUGCAGCUACCGUGCACAGAAUUGUUGUACUCGACGCAUAGCACUGCGCAUCGGGAGCACGAUCGAGAUCAGGAGUACAUGGUCGAUCAACAUCAAGCGCAGCUGCGUAGCAGGAUCUGUAGUUUUAUUUUCCGCUAGCUUCGAAAGAUAUUAAAAGGCCGUGGUAAAAAGAAGCCG